UUUGCGAUCAAAAAUACACAUAUAUGUUUAUAUAUACAUUUAUGAAGGAAAAGAGUUGAAACUAAAUGGAGUUAAAAGGUUUUCUCCUGUGUCUGAACGUCUGCUAUUUGACUGCGUUAUCCACUUCGCCACAGAAGAGUUGUGGGGAACGGCCUCUUUUUGGUCCUCCAGGUGCUUCUCGGAUCGUGGGUGGCCGGGAGGCUCCCAAGGGGGCGUGGCCAUGGCAGGUCAGCAUCCAGAUCCAAUACAGACACCUCUGUGGUGGCACUAUCCUCAACAGCGUCUGGGUGCUCACUGCCACACACUGCUUCUACCAUCACAUACGGAUCGGCCUAGGCUAUUUUCGUGUGGUGGCUGGACUAAAUACGCUAUCUUCUCCAGGAAAAUACGCCCAGGUCCGCUCCAUCAGGGGAGUGAAAAUGCACGAUGGUUACAACAUUAUCACAUCCGAUAACGAUGUGACGCUGUUGCUGCUCAGCUCGCCCUUUAAGUUCACCAACUACAUCCAGCCUAUUUGCCUUCCUGGUGAUGUGAUCCAUGAGGCCAUGCUCAACCUCAGCCACUGCUUCAUCAGUGGAUGGGGAAGCACCUAUUACAAAGGCCCGCAGACGAACAAACUGCAGGAAGCUGAGGUGGAGCUCAUCGACAGACGAACAUGUAACCGGGUCACCUGGUACAACGGCAUCAUCACUGAGAAGAUGAUCUGCGCAGGACUGGAGAGCGGAGCAGCCGAUUCUUGUCAGGGUGACAGCGGGGGCCCGCUGCAGUGCUACAGCGAGAAUCAGGAUAGGUUUUAUCUGGUUGGCGUGACGAGCUUCGGAGAUGAGUGUGGACUUCCUCACAAGCCCGGGGUGUACGCACGAGUCAGCAUUUUUUCAAAGUGGCUGACUGCGAGUCAGACAGCGGCAGCAGCAUCUGCUGUCCACAGAGCGAGCACGGGAGUCAUCGCAGCUCUGCUCGCUGCUGCUUCGACGCUGCUCUGAAACAUCCAGACUGGCAGCAAUAAACAUCCAAACUAAAGCAAA